AUCAAGGGUUUGCGCUUGACGCGCUCUUUUGUUCUGAUCAUUGCGCUCCCUCUCGUUUGGCGCUCCGUGCCUCGCCUGCAACACAACGGCUAGUGAGUGACUAGAAUCCAAUGGCCAUGGCUGGCAGUCGGCCCUUCAGGUUCGGGACGGACGUCUGGGACCCAACCCAUCGGUUCGAGACAUCUUGGUUGCUGACGCCGUGGUUGCUGUUCUUCUUCCGGGCCCUGAUUUCGCUCUACAUCUUCACUGCCAUCAUCUUCAUCUUGGCCUGGCAGUGCGCGAGAGGCGCAAACGGGUGCGAGGACUCGCGAGACGAGUUUAGCUACUUCACCAGCCUCACCUACUGGGGUCUCGGCUUCUACUUCCUCAUCGCCGCCGUCCACACCUUCACCUACGCGCGCUCGGGCGUCCCGCUCCUCGACCGCUUCCCGCGCCCGCUCCAGGCCCUCCACUCGGCCUUCUACACCACCGUCGUCGUCUACCCCUUCGUCGUGACCAUCGUCUACUGGGCCCGCCUGUACUCGGGCACGUGGUUCGCCGAGGUCUUCGACGGCUGGAGCAACGUGUCGCAGCACCUGCUCAACAGCGUCUUCGCGCUCUUCGAGAUCGUCGUGCCGCGCACCGACGUGCCGCCCCCGGUGCACAUGACCUGGCUGAUCUUGGUCCUGGCCUUGUACCUGGCGCUGGCGUACGUCACCAAGGCGUCCAAGGACUUUUACCCCUACGACUUCCUCGACCCCAGCAAGCAGCAUGGCCUGGUGGCCGCCUAUGUCUUCGGCAUCGCCGUCGGCUGUCUCAUCGUCUUUGGCCUCGUUUGGGGCGCGAUUUGGCUGCGCAAGCACAUCACCGAGCGGAAACUGGGGAAGGAGGGCAAGUUUGCCUCGAGGCCGGAGCAAUCUGGCGUAGUGAAGGAGGACGUGGAGAUGGCCCAGCCGCAGGAAAAGUCAUUGUCUUAGGCGUUUUUGCGAGGUUGUUGGUUUAUUUUUGGAAGUCCUGAAACUAGUGAGCAGGCUUGGUGUCCCGGAGCGCCUGCAUUGUUA